UUUACGAAUAAAGCCCAAAUAAACAAACAAACAAACCUCUUUGAAGUUCCUCUUUCCCAAAAGAAUUUCAAGAAUUUCACUAGAAAUUCAGAUCCCAACCCCCCCGGAAAUUUAAACUGAUAGAAAAUGUUCAAGCUGAUCGGAAAUUUUCUGGGCAAAGUUCCACUUACGCAAUCAGCUCCGCAAUCUAAUUUUAUCUCCCCACUUGUUCAUGAAUUCCAAUGCACUAGAGGGUUUUCUACUGGAAUAGGCGCUUAUGUUGGAGAUAAACGAAACAUACUAGACUACCAGCGUAGGCAGCUAGCAUCCAAAUACGAGCUGAGGCGAAAGUUAUACAAAGCACUGUGCAGAGAUCCCGAACUUCCUCCAAACAUGAAAGAGAAGUUCCGGUACAAGCUGUCAAAACUGCCAAGAAACAGUGCCUUCAACCGACUGAGGAACCGCUGUAUCUUCACAGGUCGUUCUCGUGCUGUGUAUGAGAAAUUCAGGAUGUCCCGUAUUGUGUUCCGUGAGUUGGCAUCUCAGGGCCAAUUGCAGGGUGUUAAGAAAUCAUCCUGGUAAUCACCAUAUGUUCUGAUCAAACAGUUACUGGGAAAAUUCUGCUUUGAAAUUUCUAUAAUCAGCAGAGUACAAUUGCUCAUGUCUUCUUUUUUCUUCUUUUCAUCUUCAUUACGAUAGCUUUGUGCUUCGGGUAAAUGGUUUAUUUUGUUGCUCAGUUGAUUAGUUAAACUUAUACUUCA